GGGGGUAGUGGCAAACACCAUCCAAUUAAAUUAGGACUUAUGGUCCCUCAUGAACCCAAAAGCAUUCCCAAUGAUAUUCUCAAAUCAACUAAUCCGACGACGUCAUUUCCUCCUUUUCCUCCUCCUACUUUCUCUAUUCCCCAUGCAGCACUUGAACCAGUAGAGUGUAUUAUAAGCUUCGCUCACAUAGAUGAUAGAAGUUAGUAACAUCUCUUCUAAAAAUGCGAGUUCCAAUGGAAAUGCGAGUGGGCUUGGCCCCAACCCUCCUCCUCUUAGCUUUGAUGCUUACCGCAGUAGUUUCGGCGGCAGAUAUCUUCUCUGAUGCGCUUCUGGGCUUAAAAUCAGAGCUCAUUGAUGGUUCAAACAGCUUGCAUGAUUGGUCGAUUCCCACCGGAGGAAGCACACCUGGAAAAAUCUUAGCUUGUUCUUGGUCAGGGAUCACCUGUACCAAGAACUCCAGCAUGAUCGUUGGUCUAGACCUGUCAAGGAAGAGCCUCUCUGGUUCAAUCUCUGGUAAACACAUCAAGCUCCUUUACAAUCUAGAGGACCUCAAUCUCAGUCACAACUCUUUCUCUGGGCAACUUCCACCGGAGAUAUUCAAUCUCACUAAUCUGAGGAGCUUAGACAUCAGCAGAAACAACUUCAGUGGCCAAUUCCCAGCAGGAAUUUCUGCAGUUCAACACCUGGUAUUGCUUGAUGCAUUCAGCAACAGCUUCUCAGGCCCCUUGCCUCCGGAAGUAGCCCAACUGGGUUUACUCAAGGUACUUAACUUAGCUGGUAGCUAUUUCGAUGGCCCAAUCCCGUCUGAUUAUGGGUCUUUCAAGAGUCUUGAAUUUCUUCAUCUUGCUGGGAAUUUACUCAACGGUGAAAUCCCUCCAGAGCUUGGAAAGCUCAAAACAAUUACCCAUAUGGAGAUUGGAUACAACUCUUACCAUGGAAGCAUCCCCUGGCAAUUGGGUAACAUGAGCGAGCUUCAAUAUCUUGACAUGGCUGAUGCAAAUCUGUCUGGUCCAAUCCCCAAUCAUCUCUGCAAUCUCACCAACCUCCGGUCUCUGUUCCUGUUCAUGAACUGGCUAACUGGAUCAAUACCUCAGGGGUUUGGCAAUAUCACAUCUCUUGUAAGCUUGGAUCUCUCUGAUAACAGGAUUUCUGGGUCCAUUCCAGACAGCUUUGCAGGCUUGAAGAAUCUCCGUCUGCUCAGCCUUAUGUACAACGAUAUGAGUGGGUCUGUUCCUGAGAGUAUAGCAGAGCUUCCACUCCUGGAUACGCUUUUGAUAUGGAACAAUUUAUUCUCUGGACCAUUGCCUCAGAGCUUAGGGAGGAACUCUAAACUGAAGUGGGUGGAUGUUUCUACAAAUAGUCUCACUGGGAGUAUUCCACCGGACAUAUGUGCAGGAGGUACCUUGCUUAAACUGAUGCUGUUCUCAAAUUACUUUACAGGUGGGCUUUCUCCUCUUGCAAAUUGCUCUUCCCUUGUCCGACUCCGGGUGGAAGAUAAUUCCUUCUCUGGUGAGAUUCCCUUGAAAUUUAGCCUUCUUCCUGAUAUUACAUAUGUCGACCUCGCCGGAAAUAAAUUCACUGGAGGGAUCCCCAGAGACAUUUGGCAAGCUUCCAAGCUCCAAUACUUUAACAUCUCUGAGAAUCCAGGCUUACAAGGAGAACUUCCUGCCAAAACAUGGUCGCUGCCGCUUCUGCAGAACUUCUCAGCGUUCUCUUGUAAUAUCUCAGGCAAUCUGCCUCCAUUUGGAUCCUGCAAUUCUGUUUCUGUACUUGAACUGAACAGAAACAGUUUAUCAGGGUCCAUCUCGGACAGCAUUGCCAACUGCCAGGCUCUUGAGAGGAUGGAAUUGGCUUACAACAACUUGACAGGUUAUUUACCUGUUGUGCUUGCAAGUCUUCCCACCCUACGUAUCGUGGAUCUAUCACACAAUGAAUUCAAAGGUUCCAUACCAGUGAAGUUUGGAAAUUCUUCAAGCUUGGCACUUCUAAACGUUUCUUUCAAUGAUAUUUCCGGUUAUAUCCCUCCAGAACAGAUUUUCAGAUCCAUGGGUGCGACUGCUUUCAUUGGAAAUCCACAACUAUGUGGAGAACCACUGUCGCCAUGUCCUGAUUCAGAGGAAAUUCCACAUGUGGCUGGUUUCAGAUUGGGAAGCAAAGGCACAGAGAAGCUUAUAUGGGUUCUGCUACCAUGUGCAGGGGUGGUUUUGUUAAUUGUGAUGGCAGCUCUGGCUAUCUUUUAUCUUCAGAAGGGAAGUAAUGGCCAAUGGAAAAUGGUGCCAUUUAUUGGGCUUCCUCGAUUUACAGCAAAUGAUGUGCUAAGGAGCUUCAGUUACACGGAAUCCAUAGAGCCGGUGCCACCAUUAUCAGCUCCAGUCAGUAAGGUUGUUCUGCCAACAGGAAUAACAGUCUCAGUGAAGAAGAUUGAAUGGGGAGCAAGUAUGAGAGGUACGAUGACAGAAUUUAUAACCCGCAUGGGUAAUGCUAGGCAUAAGAAUUUGACCAGAUUGUUGGGGUUCUGUAGCAACAAGCAUGUUGCAUAUCUUCUUUAUGAUUACUUGCCUAAUGGAAACCUGGCAGAGAAGAUGAAUAUGAAAAGGGAAUCCCCCAUUAGUACUUGGUCAGCUAAGUAUAAACUUGUGAUAGGGAUUGCGAGGGGCCUCUGCUACCUUCACCAUGAAUGCUAUCCUGCAAUUCCACAUGGAGAUUUGAAGGCAAGUAACAUAGUGUUUGACGAAAACCUGGAGCCUCAUCUUGCAGAAUUUGGGCUCAGAACUCUGCUGCAGAUGAGUGAAGGUUCACUUCGAAGAAGUACAUCCAGUACUGGUACACUAUCAAAUUCAGGUGAUUUCAACAGUACCACCAAAGAUGAGCUCUGCAGAGACAUUUACAGUUUUGGGGAGGUCUUACUGGAAAUUAUAACUAAUGGCAGACUAACGAACGGGGGAGCGAGCAUACACAGCACACCGAAAGACAGAAUUUUAAAAGAGAUUUAUGAUGAGAAUGAAGUUGGUGCCAUUGGUGAACUGAAAGAGGAGACGGAACUUGUUCUUGAAGUUGCUUUGCUUUGUACUAGGAGCAGACCAUCAGAUAGACCAUCCAUGGAAGAUGCCCUAAAACUUUUAUCAGGGUUGAGACCACACAGCAAACACUGUUGAUUUUGAACCAGAAGGGAAAAAAGUCCUGUUUAGAUAUGUCCACAUUAAAAGCUGUCAGAAAAGUUGUGUAUGUAAGCUUGUAGUAGUGAUUCUCUCUGUUUGCAUCUCUUAGUUUAAUUUUCUAAUAGUGUUAUUUCAUAUAGUUCCUUCUCUUGUGUAUUCUUAAAAACUUUGCAACGGGUUGACAAUGGUCAAUUAUUGUAUCUAUUUGAUGUUUUUCACUU